UUCUACUUUUCUGUUAUCUGUAGAAAUUUCAAACAUCCAUAGUAAAAUGGUGAGAAGAUAAAGGUGUGACAUGAUGAUUCAUCAUCGAAUGAAGUUUUUAAUCUUAUCUCAGUUUGUAGGGUUGUCAGCGCACAUUUAAUAUCGAUAACUGCCCAGUCUAGUUCCUACACCAAAAGGUUUGCACUGGCCGAGACAUUUCAUAAAGGUAUGAAAACCGAAAGUUGACCUACACAGACUAUGUUAGAAUCAAAAUCUGUUUUAUAAAAAUUGAAGCUCCAAGACCAAUGUGUUUCAAAUGUUAACUUCCGUGUCAAUCAUACUAUUAAUAAAUUCAUUCUAUCCAUGACAUAAAUACUUACGGACGGUUGAUUUAUUCCUGGAAAAAUGCAGUUGAUUAAUAUUGAAACAGAGCUCUAUGUAGGAUAUGCAUACAUUCAUGUAUACCAUACUUGACAAAUAUUUGAACAUCAUCUACUAUCUUUGAAAUACCGUCAUAGGUUGCAAAGGUGUAGUUUAUUUGGCUUGGAAAUACGUAUAAGAUUCGUCAAAUGAAGAUAAUUCUCCAUGUUUUUAUCUUCUUACUCUAGUACACACCUGGUUCUCCAGAGAGUUGGAAGUUUGCACCUGUUUUUGUCAAUGUAUGAGUUCAAAAGUGCAUACAUCAGAUGUGUCACCUGUACUUUGCAUUAUUGUAAUAUUUUCCAAAAAUACAAUACGUAUUGUUUAAUGAGAAUCUCAAAGUUCAUUGGAGUGAAGUGCAAGUGUCAGUUGGAGUAAAAAUUCAUAAUUCUAGAUCAGUUGAAUAACAUGAAUAGUUCUAAAUAAUGCAAAAAAUUUCACUCAUUUUGAAGCUCCCUUUGAUUUAGAAAAAUGAGCUUCAUCUAUCACUAGUGAGUUGAAAGUACAAAGUUGGAUAAGAUAUUGUUUAACAUACUCAUAUAAAAUAAAAGUGGUGAUAACAACUGACAAGAGUAAGUGAGUGUGAAAAUAAGUGAAAUUCAGUCAAAAUUCGUAAAAUAAAGUUCUAGUUUUAUGUAAGAUGACUAUGAAUUUAUCACUACUAAUUCAUGUAUAGGAUAGCUUAAAUAUGUCGAGCAUCCAGUUGUACGCACAGAGUGAACAGGCUGAACGACAACUUGCAUUUUUGUAUACUGUCUCUGCAGUUCUGACAACAACAUCAAUAAUUUGCCUUGUUGUAGUAUGGCAGUAUUGGGCAUGGACUCUAGAUGUUUGUAUCAGUGUGGAUUGUGGGUGUAUUUUGUAUGGUGUUAAUACAUUUAGUACUUUUAUGGGGGGUGAUGUCAAACUAUGUCAUUUUGGAACUUAUGCAUUGGUCCCAACACUAGUCAUUGGUCUGGUUCUUGGAGUUUACCAUGGCUACAGAACAUGCAUACAUAGAAAAUUAGAUGAACCUAGACCAAUUCCGGAAGCCACCGUAUAUAAUAGACAGGAACGAGAUAGAGUUGUGGUAGUGGGACCAAAACGAAGAUCUAUCUGUAAACAGUGGGUUCUUGCAGGAUUCCUAGGAGUUCUCCUUUGUUUUCUAUCAUUGUCACAUGCUGUAGUUCUAACUGAUGGGUAUUUCAAGACUUGUGACCAAUAUAGAAGAAAUCUGAUUCAACUGCUGGGUUCACAGGGACGUGAGGUGCAGGUGAUUUAUAACCGUCUCUCCUGUGGUGCUAUUUUUGACUAUAUGGACUAUCUACAGCCAGACGCAAAUAAUUGGAGACGUGGUGAUGAAAUCAAUACUGGUCUAGCUAUGCAAACUGCGAUUACAACUAGUUGGUUCAACUUUUUUACGUGGCUGGUCAUUAUUGUUAUAAAUUUUAUCAUGGCUAGAAAGAGACGUAAUAAUUUAAAUGAGCAAGGAUGUUGUUGUUUUUGAGUUCGAGUGAUGUCACACUGCCUAAUACAAGGGUUGAGCAAAUAGGGUGUGAUCACUAUUACAGUAUGUUAGUCUAUUAAUGCUAACAAGAAGGAGACAAUACAUUUUGUAAUACAUUGUGUCAUAUUUCGCCUUGAUAAUGAAUAACAGAGUCAUUGGAUAAUUUUUUGUAUUCAAUAAAUUUUGUAUUGAGUUUUAAAGUUUACACUCAAAUGAAUCGGAAGUCCUUUACAAUAUCUUUACGGAGUCUGAGCAAGUCAAUAAUACUAAGCUGUUCAAUUACACAUUGUUAGUGUAAUUGCAGUCUAGUAUUCUACGUAGUAGGUGGCUCUGAGCUUUAUUUGGAAUAUACCUGUGGUGCAUACAUAGAAAAUUCAGUAGGUGAAAUAUUCACACAAUGUUAUGUUAUAAUAGACUUUAUUUUUAGCUGUCUUUAUAUAAUUAUUAUAAUUAGUUUUGUUAUAUACAUAGGUACAUUAUUGUUAUUUUGUUUUAUAUAUGUACAUCGUAACUAUUUCAAACUUGUUUACUCAAUAAUAAAUGUAAUAAAUAAUAUAACAUCGAAGCUGAGUUAAAAUAGUAAAGAAAAUUAUCCUGCACAGUUUGAUAUUCACAAGUGAUGACAAUAUUAUCAAGCAAAUUUUUAUUUCAACAAAGUUUCAAAUAUAUUAUACUUUUCCAAACAGUAAUCAGAAUAUAAUAAUAUACUAUAAAACUGCACUAUCUUCAAUAUAUGCUUAGGAAAUGCAGACGACUUGAUAAUUUAAAUAAUAACAGUAAAAUAUCAUAGUGGAACAACAAAAUAUUUUACAUAAGUUUAGGUAUAGCUUUGAUAUCUAAAGAGGUGUUAUAUGUGCUCAUUAAAUCUUGUGACCAAGUGGUUCAAGCAGUUCACAACCUGAACUAAAUAACAGUGAUAAAACAGGGAAAUAGAUUUAUCAAAAUCACAAUUCCUCAUCGUCGAGUAUACUCGCACGUGAUAUGCACAAACUAUUAUUACAAAAUGAAGUUAUAUAUUGAGACUUAAAAUAAUUCACAACACUGAUUAAUGUAUCGCUGUAACAGUAAUAAUUAAAAAAAAGUAGUGUCAAUGCUAUUUCUCUGCUUCAACGCCGGAGCACAUUUCACUGCUAUUUUCUACCUAACACCUUUAUACUAAAAUACUUUUUCAUUAUGAGUUGGAAUUUAAUGAAAUACUGUAAUAUUUGGUUACGGGCAGUGGGCAAAUUGAAGUUAAGAUAGCUGGCUACAAAAAAAGGAUGAAAAAAAAUCUCCAACUGCAACAACUCUAUGAGAAAAUAAAGAUGCCUAAUGAGAAAUAAAAAAAAAAUCAUUGAGUUAAAUACAGGGUGGAAUGUUCGACUUGUUGUUAUUUGAUAGAAGUCUCAGAGGAAUAUCCCAAACACAUUCUUCGGAAAAUACAGCUGGUAAUUCAUUCAAACAUGGUAGAAUAGGAGUGAUGGUGCAGAUGAGAAAAAAUUAUCAAAAUGACGUGAUAAUAUCUUCAAUAUUUGGUCCUUGCAGAUUUGAACUUAAGAGGACUUAAAAAGAUUUCAUGUUUGAGAAACUUAAAUAUAGACUGAAUUAGCAAGAGCUACAGAUGCAUGAUAUACCAUACACACAUGUAUUUACAUAAAUAGCUAUGCUUGAUUAUUUUACUUGUAUUCUAUACUAGAUUCUCCAAAGAUCUCAAUUGUCAGAAUACGAAUUAACUUCAAAUUAUUCAAUUCCCUAUGGAAAUUGAGAAAAGCCAAGCUUCGAUACUUUUGUAAUAAAGGAAGGCACCUAAUAAUUAUAUUCCAAAAUACUAUCUACAAUUAUCAUACAUAAAUAUAUAUCUCGUUUAUUUAUAUAUAUUUUUUCUUUUUUAUAAUAUUGUCUCACUUUUACAGUUCAAUAAAUUUCGGUGCAACGCGCAAACGAAAAUACACAAAACAUAUCCAAAAAAAUAAUCGUCUUGGUAAAUGCAGUACAAGAGUCCUAUAAUGACAAAUUUCGAACAAAUUGGUAUGAAAUAUACAAAUCUAAAACGCUUUCGCUUCAGCACAAUUUGCUCUUCACAUUUCCUCAUUGAAUAAGAAAUUUCAACAACUAUAGCCGACACUCUCAUGCAACUCUGUAAUCAUUCUUUUGUAAUAUUCCUAAUUGCAGCUAACAAUGAUAAGCAUUCUGCUGUGAUUUUCUGUUUUGAGUUCGAUGUAAACAAUAACAUACCGGUUGACUUAAAAAGUUUUUCACCACUAGCUGCCAAUAGGUUUGAUUCAGAAAUUCCAGCAAAUUUCAUUUUCUAAGAAUGUGUACAACAAGUAUACGUAUAUUAGUAGCCAAUUCUAUUCUUUGAAGUCAAUUACUAAUUAUAUAGUGUCGGUAUUAUUGAUAUUGAUUGUACACCGAAAAAUCUCGAAUAAAGACAUAUUUUCAUGUAAGCAAUUAGCUGCUAUAAGGAUAAAGAUAUACAUGUAUAUAUAUAUCAAUAAAUUACAUUUGUUGCUGUAUUACAA